AUGACUAAAAGAUUUCGAUGUGGUCGUUUAACCGUAACAAAAGAUGGUAAAAUAAAAAAACUUGAACUUGAAGAUGGUGGUGGUAGUCGUUUUUGCCAAUGGGAUUCAAUUGAUAUGGAUUUUGAUAGUAUUCAUCAUAGUCUUAUUGAUAUUUUUAAAUUAGAUAGUAAAUUAAAAACAUCAUUAUAUGAUUUUCGACAUCAACUAUUAGAUAUUAAUAAAUAUAAAACAUUAUUUGAAUAUAUUAAUCAAAAUGGACUUAAUAUAUCCAGUACUAUCAUUUAUAUUUGUACACAUCAUGUUGAUGAUAAUGAUAAUCAAACCAGGAUAGUGAAGAAAAGGUCAAAAACAUCUCCGAUUUCCAUGCCAUCAUCCAUGACGAAUGCAUCAAAUUCACAACAAAAAGUAUCUAAUUUAACAAAAACUACAUCUUCAACAUCUAUUGACAAUAAACAUAUUAAUAAGAAUGAAGAAGAAUUUAAUCAAGGAAAAAUUGAUCUAUUUAAUGUAUAUUCAUUUGAAAAAUCUAAUAAAGAUUUAAUUAAUAAUAUUCGGAGUUUUAUUCGUCAAUAUGGUCUUGAUUCAAUUCUGUUACAAUUCUUUGAAUAUAUAUGCAUAAUUGAAGGUUAUGUUCAUUCAACUAUUCAUCCAUUAAAUCAACAAAUAGAACAUUUUAUUCAAAAUUUUGAUUUAUACAAACAAUCAGAAAUUGAUUUUUAUUCAAAAAAUUUAAAUGAUGUUUAUAAUAUAUGUCGAUCAGCAAAAACAUUGAUUAACGUAAAUAAGAAAAAAUUCGAUCAUAUUGAGCAAUUUUCAAUUAUUAUUAAUUCAUGUUCGGAAUUUUAUACAAAUUUAAAGAUUUUAUACAAUAAUUGGUUUGAGCAUGUUGAAAAAAACAACAACAAUAACAAAUAUAAUACAUUAUCAUCUUCAUUGAUUCAUCCAAUUGAAUCCAUAUCAUCAAAUUCGAAUAUAAAAUCUUCAUCGGAAUAUUCUAAUGAGAUAAAUGUAGAAAAUUUCAAAGAACAAUUGCAAACAUCAUCAUCAUCAUCAAAUAAAUCUGCACCGUUAUUAUCAACACGAAAACUAUUUGAUAAUGAAGCUGGUGCAAAAUUUCUUCUAUUUCGACAAUUAUUAACUCGUUUCAAUGAUUUAUCACAAAUACUUAAAAAACAUAAGUUAUCAUCUUAUUAUCAAAUGGUUGAAUUAACAACUUCAAAAAUAAAAAAUAUACGAUCACAUAUCGAUUUAUCAAAUGGUCUAUCAAUGCUUAAGGCAAAAACGAUAUUUUAUUAA